GUUAGCUUGAUUCUAGCUUGAUAAGAAGCCAUUUUGGUUCUCAUUUUGGUUCAGCCCCUGGGUUCAGCACGUACUUUGAUCGCUGAAAUGAGCUCGAAAAGGAUGACAAAAUCAAAGCAGAAAACAGAUGAAGAACAAGCGAAAUGUAACACACACUCUCACGAUUUCACAGCCGACGAAAUCGAGUUCAUUCGGGCAGAGCUUCUUUCUUGGUACGACAAGAACCGCAGACAGCUUCCAUGGAGAGAACGCGCGUCCGAACAGGAUCCAAACAAGCGAGCGUAUGCUGUAUGGGUAUCUGAAGUGAUGUUACAACAAACACAAGUGGCCACUGUGUGUGAUUAUUACAAUCGCUGGAUGGAGAAGUGGCCAACUGUCGAACAGUUGUCCCGAGCAAACUUAGAGGAAGUGAACGAGUUGUGGUCGGGUCUGGGUUAUUAUUCUCGAGCAAAGAGACUUCAUGAGGGAGCUAAAAAGGUCGGUACAACGAAGUGGUGCUUGUCUAGUUUUAAACCUGUUAUUUAUGGAGUUAAUUUUGAAAGACGAAAGUUUCGCAGCUGCUAAUGUGCUAUUUAUAUUUCAUUAUUGACAUUUUUUUAUAUCGGAGCCCUUCGAAAAAACGUCCGGGCUGCCGGUCAACUGACCUCCUAGAGACUCCUCCCCAACUGACUUGCUAACAUUGCUGGGGAAAAUAAAGACACAGUACGCGAAUACAUUUCGGCUACUCGACCUCGUAAAGAAAAUUUUCGUUUGUUUAUAAGUACAAUAAUGAAUGUCAACAUAAGUGAGUUUUAUGCAAAUGAAUUAUUUGAUACCCAGUUAAAUUGAUUGUAAUCCAAGGGCUGAGGACUAAGGAUUUCCCCUGGCUGCCAUAAGGACGACCCUUAGGAGAAAACUGAACCUAAAGAACUUCCUUCCUGUUCAAUUACCCACCUAGUUAUUGCCUUUAGUACCUAUCAACUUAAAAUCUUAGUGACAGCCUUGGUAAUGUAUGGUUCAAUAUUAUUUGUAACCAUGCCUCCCCCUGGGCACAUUCCCGGGGAUUUGCAAUUUUCUUUUUCUUGGAGGUCUAUUCCCCACCCCCAGGCACGCGGAAAGAGACAUUAGAGAGAUUAAGAUUCAUGUUUUCAGCAAACGGCAAAUGUCAGAGUUAAGUUAAAUUGAGAAUUUCUCAGAAUACAAUGUAGAAAAUAAUCAGAUAAAAGCUGUCCAGAGCAAUUCUUUAAGAUAAAACUGGUGUGAAACUACUUAUUUUUGAGUACAAGUAAUAAACAGUACACAACAAUUAAGGGAAAAAGUUGGUCACGUGAUACAAAUUCUUGUUUGCUGUUUGGCGUAAACGUGAAUCUUAGUCUUUCUAAUUCCCCACCCAACCCCCCCAGUUCCCGAUUGACCCCAUAUACGUUUUUUGCUACGUUUUUGAUCCAUUUGUGCCAGACCAGAUAUGCAUGUGCCAUUUAGCUCAGACUACACAAUUUGCGAUUUUCAAUCUUAAACGAAGUUUGUUUUCAGUUUACAUGAUACCAGAAUGAAAUUUCGUACCAGAACAAGAAUUAUUUUAUUUAGAAUGAAAACUGGAAUUACUUGUAUGGGAACAAAAAUUAAUUUUGUCCCAGUAUCAUGUGUACAUAUGCAAAGAAAUAAUUAACAAUUAAUGAAUGAGGCUGAGUAUCUUAUGAAGAAUUAUGGAGAUUGAGGAGGGUGUUAUCUGUCGAGGCGGUAGGCUGAGGCAGAUAACACCCUCCGAGAUCUCCAUAGUUCUUCAUAUAAUACGAAAGCUGAAUUCGAUAAUUGUUUUAUUAUUCAUUCAAAAUAAUUCCUAGUUUAAAAACAUGGCUAAAACGUGCUUACCUCCAUCGAUCCAUCGAUGUUAAGUUCAUCUUCGAUAGUGCACGUUUAGGUUUGUCCAGGUCCGCAAAUAUUCUCCAAAUAGCAGAUGUCGACCUUCGAGUUGUCCUCUUGCUGUUCUUGCCAUGUUUUUAGCUAUUUGUUCGCCUAGUUCUUACUCUUGAAACCAGUGAAACGACCGCCAUUUUUGUUUCCACAACCAAAACAACUCAACCUCGUCCCCAGGUCUUCUCGGUUAACGGUGCCUUAACCUGCGAAAGCGCUGCAUUUCUGAGGUCAUUUCCUCGUUAAAGUCAAAUUUCUUCCAAAUUUGGUCAUCAGUAACUGGUUAUGGUGAAUUAAACAUGUGCUUUUAGCCAAUCAGAAUUGGGAAAAUAUUUUGAAUGAAUAAUAAUAAUUAUUAUAUGGAGAUGGAAUGAAAUUAUUGUUAGAUGGAAUGAAAAUCAAUCUGGUAUCCAUGUAAACAUAUUUCUUUGCAGAUCACUGGUUUAUAAUACAGCAGUUUUUGCUGUCAUGAAAGAAUAUUAUAUGAAGUUCAUAUAUUUGCAUUGCAGAAAAAGAUUUAAACGGAAGAAAAUUCCUCACAGCUACAGGGUGUUUCAAAAGUUUGUUCCGAUUGAAAAGUGCUUUUUUUAUAAAGCAUUUGAUGCUUCUAUAGGCAAAUUGAAACUGAUUCAGUUAAGAAAUUUAUCAAGAAAACAGUUCAAAGCGAUUUCAAACUAAAAUUUGAAGAAAUAAUGAUGUUUUUGAAAUUUUGUGCCAAAUGUGUAUGCGUGCUUGCUUUUUCCUGCCAUAUUUUUCUUGCCCAUUUGUAGGUUUUCUUAUUUUGUAUUUUUGCCUUUUUUUUAUUUUCUCCGCUCUUUCACGGAAAUGAAGCCCAAAAGCCGUUUGUUUUGACAAUUUUUCGAGAAAUUCAAUCGAAAAGCUAUUUAUAAGUGUGAUAAUUAAACAUGAGGGAUAGCUGAAAAAACUUAAACUUCACAAUAUCAAAGUUUUGAGCACAACGGUAUGCAGAUAAUAUGACCAACAAAAGGUGGAAAGCUUCAAGCAAAAGAAGCGGCGCACACUUCAGAAGCGGCUCAGAGAUGGUGUCAGAAGAAUUUGCCAAAUGUUAUACCAAAAGAACCACUGCAACAGCAAACUCACCUGAUCUGAACAUUUUGGAGUGUCACUGACGAGACAGCGUACAAAGAUCUAGCCCACAAAACACUGGACGAGCUCAGAAGGUGACUCAACUUUGCCUGGAAAAAUGUGACCUUACGAAGCUCGCGCAUUCUAUACCCCACCGCUUAGAAAAUGUUAAAAAUAAUAAAGGUCCCUCCUGGUUACUAAUAUUUCUUUUAUUCAAUAUAAAAUGAAAAAGGAAUGACAUACCUAAUUGUAAAAAAAAUUAGUUUUAGUAACCAUUGAAUUUUAAGCGAAAAAAAAAAUUGGAACAAACUUUUGCAACACCCUGUGUAUAGAUACGUGUACACUAUAAUUUAAGCAGUUAUAAUUCUUAAAGCCUAGAAAAAAUUCAGGGUUGUACAGGAUUAGGGGUAUAGAAGAUACUACUAUAAAGCUACAAAACACAAAAUAACCAAACAAAUUUCAUUGGUACUACUUAAUUUACAGCUACUAAAAUUACAAAAUAUCAUGUUGUUUACACUUACUUAAUAGGUUGUGGAUGAAAUGAAAGGAGUCAUGCCCACAACAGCCACUGAACUCUUGAAGCAGCUUCCGGGUGUUGGCAGAUACACUGCUGGUGCUAUCGCAUCCAUUGCCUAUGGUGAGUGCACUGGAGUGGUUGAUGGGAAUGUCAUAAGAGUUUUGUCUCGUCUUUGUAGCAUCGGAGCUCAGACUUCAAGCAACCAAGCUGUGGAAAAGUUUUGGGAACUUGCCAACAAAAUUGUCCCUGAAGACAGACCUGGAGAUUUUAAUCAAGCCUUAAUGGAAUUUGGUGCAACUCUGUGUACUCCAUCGUCCCCAAAGUGCAAUACAUGCCCUCUGCGAAAGCAAUGCAGUGCUUUAAAGCAAGUAGAGGAACACAGGACUGCCGCAAGCCUGUUGUUAAGUGGGAAACCUUUGAAAUCUGAUAAAAGCUUUGAUUCUGUGAGUGGUGCUGCAAAUGACAAAAAUGUUGAUAUUGAAGAAUGUGAUCUCUGCCUUCAAUCAUCCCAGUGGGAUGUUUCCCUUGGUGUCUGUAAUUAUCCACAGAAAGUGAAAAAGAAACAAGCCAAGGAAGAAACACUGGCAGUUGUUAUCGUUGAGAGAGAUUCGGAGGCUAGUGUCCAGUACCUCACAGUUCAGAGGCCCAAAACAGGUCUUUUAGCGGGCCUGUGGGAGUUUCCCAACCUUACAGUGGAGUCUAACUUGGCUACGUCCAAGAUGUUUUCAUCUCUGGUUGACUCUGUAGAAAGUGAAUUGGGGAUCACCCUACAAGGUGUUGAGUGUCAAACUAGCAUAGGUGAAGUUUCACAUCAGUUUUCACACAUUCAUCACAAGUAUGUUGUCUUCUCCUGCAAGUACAGUGAAGCUGACAUUUUAGAGCGGACCACUCAAGGGAAGAGAGCUACAAAGUGGAUUUCACAGGGUGAGCUAGCAGGCGCUGCUCUUUCUACUGCAAUGAGGAAAGUGUUUGCUACUUUCGAAAAGUACAGAAAUGGGACAAUUCAACAAAAGAUAGUCAAAGGACAGAAAAGAAAAAAAGGAGCUCUACAUGAUGGAAGGAAGCAGAUGGUACUAGAAUCAUUCUUUAAAUCUAAAAACUGA